UGUUUUGUAUGCAUAAUAAAGGUAGUGAUUGAUUCUUUAUAAACGAAUUUAAUAUUGCGAAAAUAAUUAUAUGAACAAAAACAAUGGCAGCAAAUAGAGAAGAAAUAUUAGCUGAUUUUCAGGCAUGCACUGGUAUUGAUGAUAUUGCAGUCGCAAUACACCAUUUAGAAGAAACAGAAUGGGAUUUAGUGAGAGCUGUCAAUCGAGUGAUGCCCCAAGCAUCUCAGUCUUUUAAUGAUAUGGAGGUAGUGGAUGAACCUAUAGAAAUUCCAGUUGUUCCUGUUGAAACAGCCACUGAUAUGGUAACAGUAGGUAACAAUGUGGGGCAUCCAUGUGCCAAAAGCAUGCCAUUUCUUGAAAAUGAUGUAGAAAGUCAUUCUUCAACAUCUGCACAGCCCUCAACAUCUUUGUCUAAAGUGGCUAGUUCUCGAACAUUACAGUUUGAUGUGAAAUACUGUGAUAGAGUUAUUUCUUUAAACAUGCCAGAAACAUCAACAAUAGCCGAUUUAAAAAUAAAAUUACACAGGGAAUUAAAAAUUCCACCUUGCCGACAACUGCUUUCUGGAUGGGCUAGAAUUCCUCAAUAUGAGAAAUCACCCUUUUCAGAACUUAUGUUACCGGACAAAAACACUUUAUUCCUUUCAAUUAAAUUAACAGAAGGAGGUCUGGGGGCUGAUGAAGAACCUGAAGUUACAGAACGAUUGAAUGGCACUUACAGAUUAAAAGUAACAGAUGAAACAACAGGGAAAGUGUACUUUUUGAAUUAUAGCGGGACCAAAACAAUACUUGAUGUAAAAACAGGUGUUUAUACCCUGACUGACAUUCAGGUCCGUAAUCAGGUUUGGAGUGGAUGGCCACCUAAUAUAGACGAUCGUACCACUUUAGCACUUUCAGGAAUAAAUUAUCCUGAGCACGAAUUGAAAUUGAGAAGAAGCACGAUAAUAAACCAUGUUCGCGAGAAAAAAUCAAAUAUAAUCGAAAUAGACAGUGACGAUGAUGAAUUUGAAGACGCAUCGGAAACGUUUACAGUCGAUGACGACAUGUUUGUCGACAAUUAUCCAAGUAAACGCGUUGAACCAUUAAUUCCAGAAGAUGUGGAAGAUGAAAUUAUAGGUACCAUAACGUUUUCUGAUCGUUUUACGGCUCGAUACGGACCUGUACAUCCCUCUUUUUACCAAGGUACUCUCGAAGAUGCCCUCAAAGAAGCCUGUCAAAAAUCUGCAAAAGAUCGCAAGAUUCUGGCAGUAUAUCUUCAUCAUGACGCUAGCGUGUUAACAAAUGUGUUCUGUACACAACUGUUGGGUUGCGAGAGUGUCAUUCAGAACCUUGAAACUAAUUUUAUCUUAUGGGCAUGGGACCUGACUUUUGAGAGUAAUCGUACAAAGCUGCAGGAGUCUGUUAGCCGAUGUCUCGGUUCAACGGCUGCCCUAAGUCUAAAGACAAUCCCGGUCGAUAGACUCCCGGCCAUUGUAUUGAUCAUGAAAAUUCGAUCGUCUACAGACGUUUUCAGUGUCAUCCACGGUAAUGUGGGUGUCAACGAAUUGUUGAUUAGUUUAAUAGAAGCUGUUGAAGUAUUUUCCGAGCACCAAAAGGUGGAAAUUAGAGAGGAGGACGAGAGGGCAGCAAGAGAACUUGUUAAAUGGGAACAAGAUCAGGCAUAUAGGGAAAGUCUUGAAGCUGAUAGAGCGAAAGAAGAAGCGAAAAGACUUCAGGAAGAAGCCGAGAAACAGAAAGAAAAACAGGAAGCUCUAGAAAAAGCAGAAGAAGCAGCCAAAAGGGAAGCACAUAGAAAAACUGUCGAGGCCAGUUUACCUUUAGAACCUGCUCAAAAUGAAUCCGACAUAACUAAGAUACGUUUUAGAUUGCCUGGCGGGCAAAAUAUCGAAAGACGUUUUCUGGGAAAUGAUCCUCUUCAGGUUUUGCUGGACUUUUUGUUAGUGAAAGGAUAUCCACAGUCUGAGUACAAAGUUAUUUCAAGCUGGCCCAGGAGAGAUUUAACUGCAUUAGAAAGCGGAAAAACGUUAAAACAAUUGAAGUUGUAUCCCCAAGAAACUGUGAUACUGGAAGAGCGAUAAACAGUAUGGAAAAGUGGAAGUUAGCACAUUCCUGAGUGAAGAUCCAGUGCACUUUUGUAUAUCAAUAAUGCUGUAAUGAUUGUCUCGUUAAUUUAAUAAUAUAAUUUUAUUUAAUCUAA